AUAACGAAACUGCUAAAUUCUGGUUGUGUUGUCUCCCCUCGAACUGCGACACCUGCUAAAAGUUUUUCUUUUCUGCAGCUCAGCAUGGAGACCCUCACAGAGGCAGGAGCUGACCUUUCACCUCCCGCCUUCUCCCAGGUGGUCUUCAUUGACAUCCCACAGGCAUACCCACGCUCAGCCCCCAUCACCUGCCGCUUUACCCUCAGUGCUGCCUUACAGCCCAGCUCCAUGGACUGGGUGGGCAUCUUCAAGGUCGGGUGGAGCUCCACUAAAGAUUAUCAUACCUUUGUGUGGGUGGAGCCCACUGAGGAUCCCGAGGCGAGUCAGAGGAUAAUGAGGCAGGCUGUGUUCAAGGAAUACUACCUGCCUAAAGACGAGAUCGAGUUCUACCAGUUCUGCUACAUUGACAGUGUUGGACAGGUAGGAGCAAACACUCCGUUCUGUUUCAGAAACCAAGCUGAGCAAAACACGGGAAGCCUAGUGGACGACGAGCUGCUGGUGAUCACAACACAGGACCAAGUUGAUCAGAGCCAGCGGGAGAAGGCAGAAAUGCAGACAGAGUUGGACCUGCUGCGAGUGGAAAACGAUGCAUUAAGGAGUGCUUUGCAGAAGGAACAGAAGGAAAUCAACAGCUCCAUGGAGCACGAUGAGCAGAGAGUUACUGAAAUAACUAAACUGAACAGAGAAAUGGAUCAGAUCAAGGAGCACAACAAUAAGCUGAAACAGACACUGCAGCAGCAGCUGAAGGAGAACGACCGGUUAAAGGAAAAGAUGGCGACCCAGCAGACUGAGCAGGAAAUGCUGAAUCAAAGCUUGUUGUCCUCAAAAUCAAACGAAGAUGAAUAUGAACGAGUUUUGGUGAAGAUCAAUCAGCUGAAAGAGGAACUUGACGAGCUGAGGACGAAGGUUGAUGCUCAAAGUGACGAGCUUACCAAGCUGAAUGCCAAACUCAGAGAACAAGAACGAGAGCUGUCCAAAACAAACGACAGAUUCCAACUUCUGCAGGUGGACUAUCAGAGCACCUACAAAGAGAAGGAGAAACUCACAGUUGAGCUGCAAAGAUUACAAAGCCUCACCUGCAGCAUAGAGGAAGUGAAGAGGGAGAACCAGGAGUUGUGCAGGAGGUUGUCACAGCAGGAGACAUUGCCACAGGAUGACGUGAAGGUACAGUAUCAGGGUGUCACCAGGCAGCUGCAGGAGACUCAGGCGAAGCUGGCAUCUGAGAAGGAGGAGACCAGAAAGGCCAGGAGACAAGCUGAGAUGCAAGUUAAAGAGAUGAGUGGACUGAUGGCCGAUAAGGACAUCCUGAUUGAAGACAAUGAGAAAAGGGUUAUGCUGUGGACUCUAGAGAAGAACGAACUUGUCAGAGAAAAUGAGAAACUCAGAGGUGAGAUUGAGAAGCUGCGUGUGGUUUACACAAGCCUCGGUGAUCUUGGUACUACUGCUGCCGCUUCAGAAUCAAUGUACCUGCAGCACGACGACAUCGGAGCACCUGUCAGAGAAAAUUCAGCCAACCAGAACCUGCAGAGACACCAGGAGAACAUCUAUGAGACCUUAGACAGCAUCCGGCUGGAGGAGCCGGUGAUGGUGUGCCGUCACUGCCAGGAGAGCUUUCCAGGAAUAACUGAGAACGAGCUGGAGCAGCACGAGCAGAGCCACUGGGUUUGUCCCUUCUGCACCAUGAUCUGUGACCACAUGGAGCAAUCUGUGUUUGAAGAUCACGUCUACGGCCACGAGCUGUGAGGGCGCUGAUGGCAGGGAUUUUACUUAACGGUCACGGACUUCUGGACGAGCUCCAGAUGAGAUCUGCUCUCGUUCGUCACAGCAAACAUCGUGUGUUACUUUUUUAAACGAGAAGCAGAUCAAAAUGUCUGAAUAGGAAGGGUUGAAAUGUUUAGUUCUGUAAGUUCAAAUUUGCCCCAAAACAGGUUUUUUUUUCUAUAAUUCUUUAAAAUAUAGGCGCCUUUCUUUCAUCUGUUGAUCCAAAAGAAAAAAAUCUAAAAUUGGCUAGAAAUUGCUUUUUAGUGUGUAAAUCUUUUUUACAAAAUCACUGGCAACAAUCUACUGAACUCUGAUGUUAAACUCCUGCAGCCAAUAUUAUUUAACUGAGAUGCUUUCUGCAGGUUGUCCUGAAAUAGAAAAUUAGAAAUAAAGAAGAAACUGUUCAUGUGAAUGUUUAAUUUUUUCAUGAUCUGUCCAGCUUUCUUAAAAUGCCUAAACUUUUGCCCGUUAGAUGCUGUGCUGUUUUAAAUCUGCAGUGAUUGUAGAAACAUAACUAGACUCAAUUCAAGACACAUAGCUGAUGGUUCUUAUUCUGAGUUAUCACUAAACAGCAAAAAGACAGACAUACAUUAAUAGAACAACUCCUGACACUGGAGAAGUUCAUGGAAAAGCAGUUUUUAUAGACCUUAAUACAUGGAAAACUGAUCAUGUUGGUGUGAAGCGGGUUGUUGUCAGUGGUUUUAAUAAAGGGAGAGAUGUUUGUGGGACACCUUACAUGUACAUCUGAGUGAGCCAGACAUGACGAUUUAUUUAAAUGUAAUUGUUAAAGCUAAACUUUAAUUGGGAUCGUUUAAAAUUAAUUUCAGUGUAAUCUUUGCUCUUUUUUUUUAACCCUGAUUUAUGUAACUAAUGCUGCCAUAAAAAGUCUUAAAAUUUGAACCUGGAAGAUGCCUUUUGAAGUAAACGAGUAACAAGCCUUAAAGGGGUUGGGACCUGUAGCUUACGAUGUAAAAAAAAAAAAACUGCUAAAUUCU